AUGCCCGAUCUCCCUCAGGUUCACCCCGAAGUUACAUGGGCUCAGCGCUCAUCUGCCACUGAUCCCGAGCGUAACUACCUUUACGUGAACAUCAAGGCCGCUGAUGUAUCCAAGGCCGAUGCAAAGCUCGACAUCACACCCAAGAAUGUCACGUUUGCAGGAGAUUCCAAGAAGGGCGUAAGAUACCAGGUCUCUCUCGACCUGUAUGGCGAAAUCGAACCCGAGAACAGCAAGGUGAACCACAGCGACCGUGAGAUUGAGCUCAUCCUGCGCAAGAAGGAGCUGAAGGAGGAGUUCUGGCCCCGCCUUCUCGAGACCAAGCAGAAGAUUCAUUUCCUCAAGACCGAUUUCGAUAAGUGGGUCGAUGAGGAUGAGCAGGAUGAGGCUCCGGAAGAUGACUAUGCCAACAACUUCGGCGGCUUCGAUGGUAUGGACCAGGGCGGUCUUGGAAACAUUGACUUCUCCAAGCUCGGUGCUGGCCUGCCCGGUGGCGGUGACCUCCCCGCCGAUGCCGAGGAAUCGGACGACGAUAUGCCCGAGCUAGAAGAUGCUGACAAGCCCGCCGACCAGUCUUCCAAGAUCCAGGAAGUUUCGUAA